AGCAACCUCGUUGAGACGACUGAGUUGAAAUGGCUGCCUUCAGCUUGUUGAGAGCUUUUGCGAGUAAGGUUAAUUUGCCGAAAAAUGCAAUUAAUCAGGGAAUUUUGGUGUUACGCUCAAACCCCAAUAACGCCCUUCAAGUCGUAAGGCAGAUGAGCGAACAUCGUACCAUGCACAUCAAACCGUCAAGGUGGUCAUGGAAUCGAUUCAAGGAUUUCAUGCAUUUCUAUAUUAUGUUAGGAGCCAUCCCUGCAGCCUUUGUAAUCACCUAUGUCAAUGUUUUUAUUGGCCCUGCCAGAUUAGCUGAAAUACCCGAAGGGUAUGUCCCUGAAGCUCACGAAUACUUUCCGCAUCCAAUCACCCGCUGGCUGGCCAAGCAUGUUCACAAAAGUUACCAACAGGAAUAUGAAAUUAUGUGUCAUCACAUUUAUGAAGUUGAGUAUGAGCAGAAGCUGAGGCAAGCUGAAAAGCGAAUUAAGCAGAAAAUGGAAGAAAAACAAGAUACCCAGGCGUAUUACUAUCAACCUGUUAGCUCACGCCAUGAAAGGUCUAUUCGCGACAAUGCUCAGACUGAUCUAGAAAUGUCAGGAUCAAACUAAGGUCAUGAUUUUCCACCUAAAAUAGAAGGAAAGCAGUAGACAGCCAAUAGUCCUUGAAGGUCUGUAAAUAUUAAAAGAAUUGGUCUAAAAAAAUACAAUUUAGACCUAAAAUGGUUAA